CCCGCCCCCCGCUCCGUCAAGUCCGAGAGCGAGGAGUACGAUACCUUCGGGUCCGACUCGGACACCGACCCGCCCGCCUCGUCCAGGACCGAGUCGUCCAACCAGCUGGACCACGACAGGUCAGGGCCGGUCAGAGCUGUGCAUCAUAAUCUUAUAUACCACGCAGCAGAGUCUAGCACAUCUACUGAAGCCUCCCCUACCUUACCUCGACGAUCCUUCCACAGAAAACGUGAGAGGUCAGUUGGGAAAUCGGCAGUAAUCCACGAGGAACAGUUCUAUUGAUUUUGUCCCUUGUUAAUUGUUGUAAUAUCUAAAUAAAAGAGAGAGAGAGAGAGAGAGAAACACAUGUAGUAUAUUCGGAAAGAUUUGUAGCUCGGUUCUCAAAAGAAUGAUGAUGCCAUAAGUCACAGAAGAGAAGGGGAGUGGAAGGUGGGUGUGAGUGCAGGGGGAGUGACUUACCAUCCCAUGUUUCCCCCAGGAUGGGCUUCACCCGAGGAGUAGGAGGAGGAGGAGGAGCCCACACCCUCCUGAGUCCUCCUCGCACUCCCUCCUCCCUCCUGGGGAUGUCGCCUGUGCCACUUACGCCGCCCACCCCGCCCACGCCCUUCACG